CUGUUAGCUGUUUGCUAAGUGAGUGAAUGUGUGUCUGUGUGUGCUGCAGGUCGCUAAUGUGAACCAUAUGAAACCCCAAAUGUUGCUAAGUCAUGGACCAAAGAGUAGGUAGGAGGGAGUUAAGGAGGACAUCCUAUUGGAGGAUUGGAGGAUGGUGAGAAUGUGGACAACUUUGCAGAAAAACUGCUUGCAAUAGUCUGUGUGAAAACUAGAGUCAGAGAGCCAUGGCAACCCAAACCAAGCCUGUUCUUCAUGGGUACUUCAGAAGCUCCUGCUCCUGGAGGGUCCGCAUUGCUUUUGCUCUUAAAGGUAUUGAAUAUGACCAGGUUCCAGUCAAUCUAAUCAAAGAUGGAGGUCAGCAGCUGACGAAAGAGUACAAAACAUUAAAUCCCAUGCAACAAGUGCCUGCAGUGGAGAUUGAUGGCAUCACUCUUUCUCAGUCACUGGCAGUGAUCCAGUACAUUGACGAGACCAGGCCGGCACCUCGGCUUCUUCCAGCAGACCCGAAGAAACGUGCCCAGGUUCGAAUGAUAAGUGACCUCAUUGCCUCUGGGAUACAGCCUCUGCAGAAUUUGUACGUGAUCCAGAAAAUAGGAGCAGAGAAGGUGCAGUGGGCUCAGCACUUCAUUGAUCGUGGUUUCCAAGCUCUUGAACCCCUUUUGAAGCAAACUGCGGGAAAAUACUGUGUAGGUGACGAGAUAUCCAUGGCUGACGUCUGUUUGGUUCCACAAGUCUACAAUGCAGAGAGGUUCAAAGUGGAUGUUGGGCAGUAUCCAACUAUCAAAAGGUUAAAUCAAACCUUACUUGAGAUUGAGGCUUUCAAAGUGAGCCACCCGUCUUGCCAACCAGACACACCUGCAGAUCUGCGUGCAUAAAACAGCUCGGCAGCUACACAAACAUACAUAUUUUUACAUUCUUAAAUAAAAGGCUUUGGAAAAUAA